CCAGGGCACACCGUCUCCCAUGUGCCUCACGGAGGCCGCCGUCGUCGAUCACUUUCUGUCACCAGAGAAACUCUUGUUCUUUGCCUGCGAGCUGGUGAUGCGAUCACCCUACACCUGAGCAUCUUUGAGUUCUGGGUUCCUGAAUAUCGAUUGCCGUAUGCUGAUGGUCGAGAGGAACAACACCUUCCCACCGCCCAAUGGGUGAAGUCGGGCACGUAGAUGGUGCCUGGCCAUGGGCAGAACAGAUCACAGAACAGUUAAAAGCCGUCAUGAGCCUGCAAUGGAAUCCACGGUAGGUCAAGAUCACACCAACACAUCUCAACUCAAUCUGCAUCUUUGUAAAAGAGUGCUUCGUCGAAACAAAAGCCAGAAACAUUUCCCAUCUCCUCCCCCAACAGUCUCACCAGAGUCACGAUCACUUCUCUCUCUCUCUACAAGUAUUCCCCUCCAACAAACCGCCAAAAUGAACGCUGCUGCUCGUCAAAUCAUCUCACGACGCUUCGUCACGGCCAUGGGCCCCCGCCUCACCUCCCCGGCUCGAUAUGCCUCGACAGCCGUCGGACAUUCAGCCCACCCAAGCAUGACCCCCAAGGACAGACAAUUCAUGCGAGGGAUCUUCACCGUGGCGACUGUUGGGACCGCAGGAGCUGUGGCAUAUGGGGCUGCCCGAUCAGGCGGACGGAUGAACAGCCGCUUCGUCAAGCGCAACUCGACCCUCGACAGCACCAAAUGGUUCUCGGAGAGCUCGGAAUAUAACCAGACGUUAGGCAGCAAGCAUUAGACUGCGCUCCCACGGAAUGGUAUCAGGGUACAACGAUUUAAUAAAGGAAGGGCGUUCAACAAUACUUUGAGUUUGAGGGUGCAAGGAUUCUUCGGGCAAGGCGACCGUGGAGUUACAGCGGCAGACCCGACACAAGGUUGCCUCAGUUGGCUGGUUAAACAUGAUGAGCUUUGGCGUUCAAGAUCGACACGAAGAAUUCCCAUGGAGAACAAGAUGGCAAGAUAAAAAUGCACGACUGAGUGUCUGCAAAGUUCAUGAUGUGCCGUUCAGCUAUCUGACGAGCACGAGGAUUCAUUUCGCCUUGUACAUAUUUUCAAAUCCACCUUUUUGGGUAUCACAGAAAAAAAACUCCAUCUGCCAAACAUAAA